AUGGUGCAGUCCAGUCCUGUUAAACCUUUUGUUUAUGUUGUUGCCGCAAUCGCUGCUUUAGGAGGUUUGCUUUUUGGUUAUGAUAUAGGGGGGAGUGGCGGAACUUUAAUAUUUCAAGGCUUUCGGAGACACUUUGGAUGGCCGGAUGUGCAGGUUGGAAUAAAAGAUUCUUAUGAUGUGUCCGUUCAAAAAGCGUUGAUCAGCGCCUUCUUUACACUGGGAGCUUUAGUUGGAGCACUUCCAUCAGGAGCUUUGUCUGAACUAUUCGGGCUUAAAAAAAUUAUCAUGUCAAAUUGUGUGAUAUUUACUUUUGGAACCUCCCUUCAAGCUUCUGCUAUCAACAUUUACAUGAUGUGCACUGGAAGGUUUAUUGGUGGAAUUGGCGUUGGAGCUCUAAGUGCACUCGUACCAACUUAUCAGUCAGAAAUAGCGCCUGAAAAAAUUCGAGGUGUUUUGGUCACUAUGCAACAAUUAAGCAUUACAAUAGGAAUAGUUUUAGCUGGAGCUGUUAAUUUGGGCUUACGCUGGCACGACUGGGGUUGGCGCUUUUCUUACGGCGGAAAUAUUAUAUUUGCUGUGAUAAUGUUUGUGGCCUUUAUAUUUAUGGAUGAGUCUCCCCGUUGGUUAGUCCGCAAUAACGAAUAUGAAAAAGCAAGAAAGGUCUUUUCUAAAAUAAGAGUAAAGGGAGAUAUUGACAUGGAGCUUGGGAGAAUUAAACAAAAAAUUGAAAGCGCUGAAAAGGUUGGAAGUAAAAGUUGGAGAGACGUUUUCAGUGGGAAAAAUAAAAUGAGACAUCGUUUAUUUAUUGGAUGCGGAGGUCAGUUUUUGCAGCAGUUAUCCGGUAUUAACGCCAUAAUGUUCUUUGCACCCUCAAUUAUUUCAGACUUCUUUGGUCAGGAUGCGUCUUUAUAUGGUAAUCUUGGCAUUCAAGUAGCAAACUUCCUAGCAACUUUUAUUUGUUUGGCAUUAAUUGAAAGAGCUGGUCGCGUGACCCUUCUUUUAACAGGAGCUUUUGGGAUGUUUGUGAGUACCAUAGUGGUCUGUAUAUUGUCCUCUCCAUUAUUAAACUAUAAAGGAAACAGUGAUGUCGGUAAUGGCAUCAUUGCUUUUUGCGUUAUAUAUGUAAUUUUUUUUGCUUACUCCUGGGGCCCUAUAAUAUGGGUUGUUUGCUCGGAAAUUUUCCCUUCAGAUUUGCGAGGAAAAGGAAUGGGCUUAGCAACCGCAACUAACUGGCUUAUGGCAACUCUUGUGGGUGUAAUUACCCCAAUAAUGAUCGACUCAAAGUUAAGUUUGUGGGGAACUUUUUUGUUUUUCUCCGUAUGGAACUUAUUAUCAAUUUUUUUUGCUGCCGUGGUCCUUCCAGAGACUGCUGGUCGCUCUUUAGAAGAUAUGAAUCUAGUUUUCGAUAAUUUUAAAGCUGGAUCGAACCUAAAAAAAUUUUCUUUCCUUAGAAGCCCCUCUAAAAGUAGCCCACAAUUGUAAAAAAUAAAAUUUUAAUUAUAAAAAUAAUAAACCAAACUUUAAUUUAAAAAACUGGAAAUAAA